AUGGAGGUGCCACUGCUUAGGUCAACCUUCUGGACAGACAGCCGUAUAACCUUGGCCUAUAUCCAGAAUGAUGCAAAGAGGUUCAAGACGUUUGUCACAAAUAGAGUGUCGCUCAUCAGGCAACACAGUGAUCCAGAUCAAUGGCGCCACGUAAAGGGAAAGGAAAACCCUGCGGACGUAUUGUCACGUGGGUGUAGUGCCGAGUCUGUUCCUCAAUCUUGGUUCUGUGGCCCAAGCUUCCUCAGGGAGUACAAGAGCACCUGGCCACCUGAUGACAUGCGGACAUCCAUUGAUUUGAUGGAGACAGAUGCCGAAGUGAAAAGGGAUGUUUCUGUUGCAGUUGCAAGCACCGCAAAUGCAGUCUGGCAUGCUAUGGAAGCCCUGAUUGAACAUUAUUCUAGUUUCUACAAACUGAAGAAGGCCCUGAGCUGGCUCAUGCGAGUAUAG